UCUACAUCAAAGUUAGGUGACUUGACGGAUAUAUAUACUGUGGUGAGUGUUGGUACUAGUACAUCAAAAUAUUGUUCAUCCAUUCUCCCCUGCGUCUUCUUGGUAUGGCCUGGCAAGAAUUCCGAGACGGGAGCAUGAGCAAAGCAGGCAACUCUACACGAAGCAGCUGAAUCGUGAAAGAGCAAUUAGCAUGCCCUGCCCUGCCAAUAUCCACACGUUAUUUGAAUCGUUCCAUAGCAGAGCAAUGUGGACAUCGGCCCUCUUCAUUCGCAAAACAUAUGCUAGAGAAUGACCAACUCUAUAGCGCGAAAGAGACCGAUAUGGCCUUUCCUUCGUUCGGGAAAUACAUGCUAGACAAAGACGGUCUUUGUGACUUGACGGAAACAGAUAUGGGUGUUCUUGCUGGUGCUGUCUUUGCAGCUGGAUCAGAUACGGAGCAAGCCGAAGUCCAGGCUGAGCUCGAUGCGGUCAUUGGAAGAUACCGAGGUAACUCGAUUCAAUCAUACAUAUCCACUAAAACACCGACCUUCGACGAUCAACAAUCCCUUCCCCGUCUGAAAGCCUUCCUUCUCGUUGUCGUGGUUGUGAAAACUGUCGUGUUCCAUCUGGGACCACAGUAUUCGGCAGCCCCUGGCCUAACGAUUACUGCUUCACAAUUAGGGCCAUCUCGAGAUCCAGAAGUCUAUCCCGAACCUUGCGCGUCCAAGCCUCAGCACUGGAUCAACGAGCAAGGUGGACUGAGAGACGAUUUUAUUUUUGUCUUGGGUUUGGUCGGCCUCUUCCAGCAUUUCUCUCGGUCUACACGUUGCGAACCGGUAAAGCCAUCCUACCACGCACACGAUAUUUUGAGCUCAUCUCGACUAGUACAGAUCGGUGGUCAUAAACUCAGUCCUUAUUCCUUGGGUUUCCAGCUCACUCUAGAUCCUACAAAGCCACUGGAUGACAUGGGGCUCAUGAAGGUGUCGAUGCCAGAUGGCUAG